GAAACCUGCAUCAAUACAACUCCUUUUGAACCGAUAUCAUGUAUCAAAUACUGCCUCAGAUAAAGACUCAGAUUUCUGAUCUUCCCAGCUCCCAAACAACGCCAUCAGUAAUACCGGAAGAUCAUCAUUUCCUAAACGAAGCAAUCUUCGCUGGAGAUAACUUCUGGGGUCUUGAAGCUGCACUUGGGAGAGCAGAUGGAGUUGUCAAAUCAGCUACAGGAUAUUGUGGAGGAAGUCUUCGAAAACCCUCAUACAGAGAGGUAAGUGAAGGAGGAACAGGCCACACUGAAGCUGUCAAAGUCAUAUACGAUAAGAGAAAAAUCUCGUACAAAACUCUCUGUGAUCUCUUCUGGGAAACCCAUGAUCCAACCAACAGAAAUUACCUUAACUUUGGAACAGGAACACACCAUAGAUCAGCCAUAUUUUACAGAAGUGAGGAAGAAAGGAAGCAAGCGCAGGAGUCAAAAAUCAAAAAGCAGAUGAAACUCAACAAGAGGAUAGUGACCAAAAUAACUUCUCUAGAAUCUGAGUUUUUUCUUGCAGAGAAUGAGCACCAGAAGUAUUAUUUGCAGCAAAAGCAUUGGCUUUGCCAGAGUUUGGGCCUGAGAAGCACAUUGCAUUUCACUGAGUCAAACAUUGCUUGCAAACUCAACGGAAUCUUGGCCAUGGAAGGAACACAAACUAUUGCUCAACUGACAAAAUUUCUGAAAGAACAUGAGCUUCCAAAGCAGACGAAGUCCAUAUGUGAAGAGAUCAUAUUAGAAUUAGUGAGAAAAGACGAUGAUUUUGAAAAUCCGUGAGCUUUAUAGAAGCUCUAUGCUUUUAGCCGCUACCUUGCAAAAUAUUAUACACAAAAUCAGCCUCCGCAGGACCUACAAGUGAAGAAGUGCGAAGAAAUGUAGCCCAAAAAAGUACAUCACGUUUCAUAAAUUAUAGGCAGCUAAAAUAGCUUCCUAUAAAUUUUCAUUUAUGUUGGAAUUUCCAAUUUAUAGCUCCAUUAUUGAUUAUGUGGAGGGAAAAGCUUGGAUGUAUUAUUACAAGGCCGAAAAAUGCCGCCCAAAAACAUGGACCAUGUCUACAGCACCAUAAUAAUGCAUUUGUCACAACAUAGAACAA